ACGUCAUCGGUGACGAUGUCCAACAUGGACGCGCAAACAAACAGCGUUGGCUCAGCGCGAGCGGAGAGAAAAGAGCGAGAAAAGGAGAAGAUCAUCCAGCGAGAGAAACAGCGACACACGGUCAAGACGAUCUCUCAGAUCCUGCAGAAGAGUGCUGGAGAGCAGACGCAGGAGGAGCGAAGGCUUCUACAGGAUCAUCAGGACACAGUUCAGGAGCUGAGCCGCAGACAGAGCCGGAGACGCCUCCUGCAGAGCAAACUAGAGGAGGUGUUUGACGAGGCCGAGAGCCUGCAGAGGAAGGUGAAGCAGCUGGCGGAGGCGCUCCAGCAGGCGCAGCAUGUGGUGGUGUACACCGGGGCAGGGAUCAGCACGGCCGCCUCGAUCCCGGACUACCGCGGGCCGAACGGCGUGUGGACUCAGCUGCAGCGGGGCCGCUCCGUCAGCACAUCAGAUCUGAGUCGAGCUGAGCCCACGCUCACACACAUGUGCCUCUGGCUGCUACACAAAGAGAAGAUGGUUCAGCACGUGGUCUCGCAGAACUGUGACGGUCUUCACCUGCGCAGUGGCUUGCCCAGACACGCUCUCUCUGAACUCCACGGGAACAUGUUCAUCGAGGUGUGCUCCUCCUGCUGCCCGGCGCGGGAGCUGAUCCGUGUGUUUGACGUGACGGAGCGCACGGCUCUGCACAGGCACGGCACGGGCCGCCGGUGUCCUCACUGCGGGGGGGAGCUGAGGGACACCAUCGUGCACUUCGGGGAGCGCGGGACCCUGGAGCAGCCGCUGAACUGGAGCGGGGCGGCGCAGGCGGCGCAGCGGGCCGACCUCAUCCUCUGCCUCGGCUCCAGUCUCAAGGUGCUGAAGAAGUACUCCUGCUUGUGGUGCAUGAACAGACCCGCCAACAAAAGGCCAAAGCUGUACAUCGUGAAUCUCCAGUGGACGCCGAAAGAUAGCUUGGCCACUCUGAAGAUCCAUGGGAAGUGUGACGCAGUGAUGGGUCUCCUCAUGGAGGAGCUGGGUUUGGAAGUUCCCGUUUACAACAGAUCGCAAGACCCCAUCUUCAGCUUGGCUAAAGCACUGGGUCCACAGGAGCAGGAGAGUCACUCUCGUGAGGAGAUAGCGCCCCCUGGUGCUCUGGAGGAGGACCCGUGUGACGCGCAGGCUCAAGGCCAGGGCCCUGCGCUUCAGGGCGGAUGGUUCGGCAGAGGAUACUCCAAAGCCAGACGGAAGAGGAAGACCUUAUAGAUCCUAAAGCAUGAGACGCCACACACACACACGCUCCGACGCCGGACACUGAGAGCGU